AUGAUCGCCAAAAACACUGCGCUCUGGCUACUCGCCGUGACAAGCGGCGAAGUGUUCGCCCAAGAUGCAGAGGCUUGGUACAAGGCCCAUCCUGGCAUGGCCCUUAUCAAAAAGGUGAACCAGGACACGCAUCAAAUCGUCGAUGAAUACGGUCGAACUCGUUUUUUCCAUGGCACCAAUGUUGUCAUGAAGGAGGCUCCGUGGUAUCGUCCAAUGGAGUGGACUCCAGGGGUCUCGACCUUUGGUGAACAGGAUGUCCAAAACCUUCAUGAAUUGGGCGUAAAUAUCGUUCGUCUCGGACACAGCUGGGCUGGCGCCGAACCUGUGCGAGGCGAAUACAACCAGACAUUUCUGGAUAUUAUGAAGCAGCAGACGAAGCUGGCAGAGGAGCAGGGUAUCUACGUCUUGGUGGAUGUUCAUCAAGACGUACUGGCGCAGCAACUCUGCGGCCACGGCGUACCUGAUUGGUUCGUCAAGAAAGACUGGAUUACGGGCUUCAGACGAUUUCCGUUUCCUCUCAAAUUUGAACCAUUUACUACCGAUAGCCAGGGCUUUCCCUCACCCCAAUCGCAAUGCAACACUAUUGACUGGUCCCUCAACUAUCUAACAGUCGCUGUGGGAAAUGCUUUCGGAAGACUAUAUAAUAACUUUGAUGGCCUUGGUGACGCUUUCGCUGCGUACUGGAAGAAGUUGGCUGCGGAAUACGUCGACACCAGCAACAUCGUUGGCUACAACCUGCUGAAUGAGCCUUGGGUUGGCGAUACAUUUGCAGAUCCGACACUGCUAAUACCGGGAGUUGCCGACCGCAAGGUACUUGAGGGGCUUUGGAAUCGCGCAUCAAAGCAAAUCAGGACAGUUGACAAUGACACGUUGAUUUGGUUCGAGGGCGCCACCCUUGACAUACUCUCGGGCUUCAACAACGUGCCGCUCGGAGACGGAUCAAAGACGGUGCACUCGUUCCACUACUACCGUCCACCGCAGCUCGGCUCCAUCUCCGACACUCUGGCCAACCGUCACAAGGAUAAUGUACGGCUCAAGACUGCUGGUGUCCUGACAGAGCUGACAUUUUGGAUGGGCGACGACAAGCAAAUGAAGGCCAUGGAUGAGGCUGUCAAGGCCAGCGACGCCAACAUGGUGUCGUGGCUCGGGUGGGCAUAUGAGAACCUCUACAAUGGAACCUCGGGGCAGCCUUACCCCGAGCUGCAAAAGCACUACAGCCGAGCAUAUCCAGCGGCCGUUGCAGGCACGCCAAAGUCGUUUGGAUUCGACGAGAGCUCGGGAACUUUCAAGCUGCAAUUCACAAGCGACCCAGCCAUCGAUGCGCCUACAGAGAUUAUUCUGCCUGCGUCAACCUUUCCCAAUGGAUACAACGUUCAAUUUACGCCCGAGACCAGCUUGGUUCAGCAUGAGUGGGACGAUCGUACUUUGAGCCUCUUCACCUCCCAAUCCCUUCCAUCGGGCACCUCCAUUUCUGUCACCAUCACUCGAAAGUAG